CUGACUACCGGAAAAGAGACGUAGAAGAAGAAGAAGAAGCUAGCCGCUCGUUAAGGUUGCUAGCUACGCGGAAGCGGCAUAGUGUGCACACUGAUAGCAUUAAAUCUGCAAAAGAAGGCGUCCUCGCUUGCUUUAUAAGCUUUCAGGCUUGGAUCCGGGGUCCUGUGCCAUUUUUCUUGAACUCAUCAUUUACUACUAUCAUGGCUGCAUCCCUGGUUUAGCGAUUUGUCUUUUUGUCUAAAUUAAGGAAUUGGCUACGGAUGGACUAAGUUUUGGAUUGGAACUAGGAAUAGGAUAAGGACCACUUCCACAGCUAUUUGUGAAAGCAAGAAGUGAUCUUAAAGUCUGCAGGUGCCCUCAUUCUGUGUCAGCAGUGCCACCAACUCAACCACCAUGUCUGAUGGCCGGAUCUAUGUGGGGAAUCUUCCUGUGGAUGUCCAGGAGAGAGACAUUGAGGAUCUCUUCUUCAAAUAUGGAAAAAUUCGCGAAAUUGAAUUGAAGAACAAUAGAGGCACUAUCCCUUUUGCCUUCAUCCGAUUUGAAGAUCCACGGGAUGCAGAUGAUGCCGUCUAUGGAAGGAAUGGAUAUGGAUAUGGGGACUCCAAGCUUCGUGUGGAGUAUCCUCGAUCCUCUGGUGCUAAAUCUGGUGGUCCGAUGGGAGGUGGUGGAGGAGGACCAAGAGGAAGGUUUGGACCCCCAACACGGAGAUCCGAAUUCCGGGUCAUAGUAACUGGAUUACCACCAACUGGGAGCUGGCAGGAUCUGAAGGAUCAUAUGCGCGAGGCGGGCGACGUUUGCUUUGCAGACGUGCAACGAGACGGUGAAGGCGUGGUGGAAUUUCUCCGCAGAGAGGACAUGGAGUACGCGUUACGUAGAUUGGAUCGGACUGAGUUCCGUUCGCAUCAAGGUGAGACCGCUUACAUCCGUGUCUACGAGGAGAGAGGUACUCCUAACUGGGGUAGGUCACGUUCCCGUUCAAGAUCCAGAGGUCGCUAUUCUCCUCCCUACAGAGGAUCCCCCCCGUCACGCUACCAGUCACCUCCACGCCAUGCUAUGUCCAGGCAUAGUCCACCCCCCAGGAGGCCCCCUCCACAGCACCACAGCCCCCCACCACGUCACUAUCGGUAGAAAGGCUCGCCAAGUAUAGAAGGAAAUUGAGAAAAUGUUUUGUAAUUCAGCAUUUUAUCUUCUUUUUUUUUUAACCCCAGGCCUCCUCGUAGGACUCACCAUUGUUAUUUUUUUGAUACAUACAUUCCAUCUGAAACCCCUGAGCAACAUGCUUCUCCUCACAGCCUUAAAGAUUUUUUUCCUUUUGUGUUCCACCCACUUUUUAAAUGGAAGUGCAAAUCCUUAAUUUUGCUUUUUAUUUUUCCUUCUUCGUGAGAUAACUGUAUAUCUCUGUGCAAGAUAGUGGAUCCUGGAUUGUGCUGUCAGACAGGAACCAGUACUUAUGUCUAAUAUUAUGUUCAAAAUACCGUCUGCAUUUCUGCAGCUAUCUGAUCAAGCAUGUUGUUUCUUAAUUUGACAAAAAAUUCCUUUUUUGUGUCACAUUUCCGUAGCUUAAAGUCAGAAGGUUUUUUGCCAAUUUAAGAACCUGUGAAGCUAAUCAUUAUGGUAAAAUUCGCAAGCCUUUUAGAGUAGUGACACACAUUGACUGUGAGCCUCACCUGUCUUUUUUUCUUUUUUAAUGUGUGAACAGCUGACCGAGGUGGCCUGUCGGUGGAGUAUAAUUUGUAUGCAUCUCUAAUGUUUUUUUCUUUAUCAAUAAAAUGCAAACUUUUACUGUGA